AUGUACGCGUCCUCCGCCAUAGCUGCGCGCUGGCUGUCAGUGUCCGACCCGGGCGGCGCUGCCGAGGGCGACCUCGACGGCGGGCGCGAGUGGACACCAGAGGCGCUCGACGACGAGUGGGCGGAGCUUCUCGCAGCUCUCCCGAACGUCGAUGAAGAUCGCAUCCAUGCGGCGCUGCUGGGUGGCGUGCCAGACGCGAAACGCCCGCGCGUCUGGCUGGAGUUUUCCGGCGCCGCGCAGGCUAUGGCUGCGCGUCCCACGCUGUACGCCGACCUGUUGGAGCAGGUUGCCGCA